UCCAUGAAACGGCUUCAUUGGGUUCGGCAUCCAAAAAGACCCAGCACAUCGUCCCCAUCAACCAAACACUCGAUUUCUACCUCAAAUCGCGUCCCUCCUGGCCCUGAUUCCAUGUAGUCAAGCCUUAGCCUCGAUCUGAACAUCGCCCGACCGAUCCAAUUUCGUACACGACCGCAUAUAUCUCUCAGGCAAACCUGGCUCCGAAGAAACUUAUAGUUCGAUCCUAUAAACACCAUCGCACGUAUUGCGAGUCCAUGCCGGCUGCCUUCGCAGCUCCCAACCGCAAUCCUCGUCGAUGCAAGCCCCCGUAACUUUCGACCGUCGACGCCCUCUCCAGGACCCGGCCUCCAUCUACUACCAUGAAAAGCACGCCUCUGAUCAUCAACUGGCAUGACCAGACUGCCCCCAUAUAUUCGUCUCAUUUCGAGCCAACUGGAAAGGGCCGUUUGGCCACAGCUGGCGGUGAUAAUAACGUCCGCAUAUGGAAGGUUGUAACAGACGGGGAUGACCGCAAGGUCGAGUAUCUUUCAAGUCUUCAGAAGCACACGCAAGCAGUUAAUGUUGUCCGCUGGGCGCCAAAAGGUGAUCUGCUGGCCUCUGCUGGCGACGACGGAAACAUCAUACUCUGGAUACCAGCUGAGAACCACUUACCAGCAUCUUUUGGAUCUGAAGGUCUGGAGGACAAGGAGACAUGGCGCACCAAGAAUAUGUGCCGAUCCUCCGGCGCCGAGAUUUAUGAUCUCGCUUGGUCUCCUGACAGCCAGUAUUUUAUUAUUGGGAGCAUGGACAACGUCGCUCGUAUAUACAGCGCUGCGACAGGUGCGCUGGUCCGACAGAUUGCCGAGCAUAGCCAUUACGUCCAGGGAGUGGCAUGGGAUCCUUUGGACGAGUUUAUAGCCACGCAGUCGUCAGAUCGCUCGGUUCACAUAUAUGCUUUGAGGACAAAAGAUGGCAAAUACACACUGAGCGGCCACGAGGAUAAACCGCAAAAGAUUGCAGGGCACAUGAAGACGGAUUUGCCACCAAGGAGGAUAUCUUCUCACAGUCCGGCGCCCCCCGAGUUCGGACACCGGUCCCAGGUCUCAGCUCUCGACUCCGUGGCUGCCUCGUCGCCUGCACCGUCUGCACCUGGAACGCCAACCUCCAUGGCCCUGCCAAUGAACCCGCCCAGUGUGCUAAGUCACAGCAGGAGGUCAUCUUUCUCGUCGAGACGCUCUGUGUCGCCCGCCCCUUCGAUGCCUUUGCCGGCAGUUAUGCCCAUGGAGCCAUCCCCAAAACCUCAUCCCAGCGCCAGUCUUGGCAUGAAAAAUGCCAGUCUCUAUCACAACGAAACACUCACAUCGUUUUUCAGGAGGCUGACCUUCACCCCCGAUGGCAGUCUUCUGAUCACACCCGCAGGUCAAUAUCAAACACAGCACCAGGUAGAAGGGGCUAAGCCAACUUACGAAGUAACAAACACUGUCUUCAUCUACUCACGCGGCGGGAUCAAUAAGCCGCCCAUCUGUCAUCUUCCAGGACAUAAAAAGCCAUCUGUCGUCGUGAGGUGUUCUCCAAUCAUAUAUACUUUGAGGCAAUCAUCACCCGCAACUAGGCAUAUCACCAUUGAUACUUCGUCAGCCGAGGAGCCUAUUCCUUCCCUUCCCGAACCAGUUUCAAAGCCGUCUCCGGCAUCUUCGGUCAUGGAUCCCCCACCGCCGCCAGGUGGUGAAGCGGUAGGCACAGCCGGUAAACCACUUAAUCCUGAGGCCGCAUCGGCUAGCCCCGGCCCGAAGCCCGCCUUCGCCCUGCCGUACAGAAUGGUAUACGCAGUUGCAACCCAGGACUCCGUUCUGCUCUAUGACACGCAACAAAUGACCCCCAUCUGCAUCGUCAGCAAUCUUCAUUGUGCAACCUUCACUGAUCUUGCUUGGUCCAAGGAUGGCCACACGCUACUGAUAUCUUCUUCGGAUGGUUUCUGCUCGACCUUGUCAUUUUCGCCCUCGGACCUUGGCCAGGUCUACACCGGGGAGUUGCCACCAAGACAAAGUGUCACUCCCACAACGACAGUCUUGUCAAGCCAAAAUACUCCGGCCCCCACACCCACCACGGUACCUGCGCCUCCUUCACCAUUUCAUGCGUCACAGUCGCAUCAGCGGACAGCUUCAAGCUCGUUUGCCGCGCCUUCUCCACCAGCAUUUGCAGCCACGGGACAGCGACCGUCGUCUCCGGCACGCUCCAACUCGACAUGUUCUGUCGUUACCCAUGGGUCCGGGAUAUUGAAUGCACCAACACUCAUAGGAGGAACUGUGCCGGGUAUAGCCGCGACCAACUCUGGCAAGGUAACAGGGGUGCCCAUUACGACGCCUCCCGAGACACCACGCAGUUCUGUGGCAAACCCAAGUACCGUCACUGCCUCAGGCGUCAAGCGAGACAUCAGUGAAAGUGACAAAGAGGACUCUAGUCAAGAGCCGAAGAAGAGACGCAUAGCACCGACACCUGUUGGCGAUGCGCAUAAUUCGCAGUCUUGAAGGUGUGCAUGUGACACGACGACCAGUUGGCGUUGGGCAUUUUGUUUGACUCGUUAUAUCAAGCGAAUAAAAGGCGUUUGGUGAUUUUGUAGGCCUAAGAGCCUCGGUGUUGUAAGCUUAUAUCCACCUGCAAACAUAAUUGGUCGGGUUUCAUGGGUGAUAAUUAUUCGAUUUUCCCGGUCUGGUAUGUGAUUUGGUACGAAAGGACUUUUUCGAGCUGGGCUUGGCAAUUUGCUGCUGAGGCCGCCGUGUUCGCAUUUACAUUCCAAGAGUAUCUGCUGCAAACAUAAGCAGGCUGUGGUUGUUUUCACUUGAGCUUAUGGGGUAUGCUUAGGCAGAGAUAGCCAGAGACCUACCUACCUAUAUGUGUUACGAAACGGUAUCGUAUAGGUGUAUGGAGGGGACAUUGAACUACCUACUUUAUC